AUUACGAAAAGAAGAUUCUAAAUUUUUAGGUUAUGUUUCUUUAUUUGUGUGAAAUUUUAGAAAGAAAAAAAUGAUUUCGAAAAGAAUUAUAAAUAGUUAUUUGAAGCAACAAAAGAUAUGUAACGUUCGUUAUCGUAGUACUCAAAUUAAUCUUGAAAAGUUAGAAAAAGAAUCCACUCUAAGUACAAGUGAUUACAUAAGUGAAGAAGCAAAAUUGCGUGAGGAAAAAAUUGAACAAAGUAGAAAUAAAUCUCGUCUUAGAGAGCAAGACAGAAAUAUAUUAUUAAAUAAAAAUCCUUACCCUGAGCCUAAGUUCUUUCACCAUGGUAGUCUAAAAUAUCUUAGAAGAACUUAUGGACGAUAUGGUGAAGCUUCUGGAAUUAAUCCUUCUUUAUGUUGGCCUAUAAAAGAAGAAUUAGAUGAUGCAAAAGAAUAUGAGAAACUUAAAUAUCCAUCUACAAUACCAGACAUGAUAAUGCAAGCAAAGAAAUUGAGAAAAGCUAAAGAGGAAAAUGUUGCAGCCAGACAACGAGAAAUUGUUAAAAAGAUGGAAAAGUUAGAAUAUUGGAAACAAGACUUGUUUGAUAGAAUCGCCAAAAAAGAAGCGGAAGCAAAAAGUGCUAAGGAAAGGAAAGAAAGACUCGUUGAAGAAGUUAAAAGACAUUUUGGAUAUGCUGUUGAUCCGAAAGAUGACAAAUUUAAAGAAAUGUUGGAAAAGAAAGAAAAAGAACAGAAAAAAGCAAUGAAAGCGGAGAAAAGGAAACAAAAAGAAGCAAAGAUGAUGAACCAGGUUUUGAAAACUUAUGAAACUGAUAAAAGUGUUUCAGUAGAUGACAAAGAAACUACAAAUGUUGAAAAAAUUGUACCAGAGAAAGAAUAGAUACACAAAUAUAUAUAUAUAUAAAAUAUUGGUUACUUUAAAAAUAUUUAGUUUGAUCAUCUAUUGAUUAAUUUAAAAUAUUUAUAUUGUUGUAAAAAUGAUUGACUAGAGAAUGGGGAAUAAAUUUUCCUUUUAUAAUUCUGUCUAUUUUGACUAAAUUAAUUCUCUUGUUUUUAUUUUACAGAGUAUUCAAUAAUUCAGGUUUGAACUGCACAACAAAAUCAUAUGCUUUUGAUUAAUAAAAAUAUUUUCCUGAAAAUUCUAACGUCCAGAGUAGAGCAAACUUUUAAUGUCUCUCAACACAUUAAUUUCUAUAUUUUUACUGCUCUAAAUUAUAUACCUCAUAAAAUGAGUUGUGUAGAAUCGAAGAGUUUGUGAUGGAAGAGCAGAAUUUCUCAAAUAAAUUUCAAUAAAGAUGUGAAACAUGCAAUCGUUCCAAAGUAUUAUUUCCUACUUUUCAGUUGUUUUCAGAAUGAAACAGAUAUACAGUCAAAAUAACAUUAUGUACAUUAAUUUUCGACUUUGCCAGGUUAAUCAGCUGCGUGCAUUACGAAGCUCAAUUCAGAAGAUGCCUAGCGAUAAUUACAUAAUUCAAACGUUUAGAAGAGUGAAAAUUAGAUAAUUAUUAAUUACUAUAACCUUUCAAAAGUGAGUAGCAAACAUUAUCCAAUAUACUUUUCCUUCAAUAUGUGUUAUUCAUGUUAUAGAUGCAAUGCAAAUUCUGGCAUUUGAUAAAAGGCAUUUUACAAAACGACAAAACGUGAUCCUUGUAAAACGCCGGCAAAACACGAUUUGCAAUAUAUGUAUCUAAUUCGGCCUACUUAGUGUCAUACAUUUUACAAUUUGCCAAAUAUGAGUUAGUCAAAACACCCGAACGCGGUAAUUUCACAAUUGCACGUCAACAAUAACAAAACCUCAAAAAAGUACAAUUGUUUUAAAGUUUGUCAGGUGUACAUUAAUGAAACAUGGAUGAUUAUUGCGAUGAUAUAGAAGUAACAAACGAUACAGUUCACUUAGAAGCAAAAGUGCUCUUCAACAAAAAAUUUUACAGGGAAAGAAGAAAAAACGAUCCAAUCAAGAAACCUUGGACUCCUGCUCGAGUUAACGAAGUAAUCGAAGAAAUGAACAGCAGUAAAUUAACUGAAUCAAAAAGCAUUAAAAGAAGCAAUAAACAGUAUCAUUCCAUGAAAAAAUAUGAUAUACUCUCGUUGGUAAAACAUUGAACAUCUAGUGCUAAGACGAAACAGUUGAUUAACCUACAAUUUAUAUAAUACCAACGGAACAAUAUUUUUUUAGUAGUCAUAAAUCUAUAGGACAUGAUGGACGAGAUAAAAUGGUGUGCAAUCUCAAAAUGAAACAACCACGUAAGGGAUUAGUCGUAUGCCCUUUUCUUUCUAAAGAUUUUAAUAUUAUAGGUCUCGAUGGAUUAUCAAUUUGCCCCCGAUGGAAAUUAUAAAUGGCAUCUCAAUUAUCAAGACCAAGCUACCAUAUUUUUGAUUCUGCGCCCCUUACAGAUAAAACGCGCUUCAGAAGCAGCAUUAGAACUGGUAAAAAUUUUUCGGACUAAUCUCGACUCUCUAAUAGAAGAGCUUCGUAGCGAAGAGGAUCUUGAAAAAAUAGUUCACGAACAAACAGAAGGAAAUAAGGAAACAAGCGAAAACGAUUCUAAGCCACAUUAAGAAAUUAGAAGCAGUCCGCUUAAUGCAGAAGAAGAAUAUCUGAUAGAAACGCAGAUAAAAUAAGCGCGACGUCAAGUGAUACUGCAGUGUGUUGCAUUGUGGCAGGUUGAAAACAACCCUCUAUCUGAAGUUAUAUGUGCUUUUUAGUCGAAUUUUUCAAGGAAAAAUUAGACUAUUACGGUAGGCAUGACUAGAAGAAAAAUGGGGGGCACAUCAUUUAACUCAUGUUUUGAGACUUCCUGAACACGAUUAUGAUGGUUUUUCGAAUGUCUGUAGUUUAUAUAUGUUACCGGCAAUGUGUAUAAUUCAGGUAUUGUAUACAAUCCCUAGGUAAUGUAUACAAUCCCUGGGGCGUCCAGGCAAUGUAUGAAAUAUCAUGAAUAUCAUUGUCCAUUUCAUACUUUACCUAGGUAUUGUAUACAAUUCCUAGGGAUUGUAUAGAAUACCUGCUGGUUCACCAGUAAUGUGUAAAAUAAAUAAAUCUUAAGACUAAACUAAUGUUAGGUAAGCCGGUUAAUAUCAAUAAAUCUUAACAGACUUACAUAUCAAAUAGCGGACAAAUAAAACAUGUUGUAUUUACUUGAAAUAAACUUUAUUAUCAACUUUAAAAUCACAAAAA